AUGGCCCCACAACGCGUCGUAAACCCGCCGCCAGCUUCUGGUUCUCUUAGUCCUCCUGAGACAAUCAUGGAAGAAGCUAAACGUCAAGGUGCUUUAGCUCGCAAAUGCCACGAACUUGAGGCGAAGAACAGUGUCCUGCAGGAAAAGCUGGAUCGACUCCUGCAGCAGAACGAGCAGAUGCAGACCAACCAAGAUGUGCAGGGCGAGCAGGAUGCUGAGGGUAGGGAUGCCGAUGCCGAUGAUGAGCGAGAUGAGCGAAAGAAGUCAAUAAAGGAAGCAGGUAUACGUACCGCUCAAAUCUUCGUCAUACAAUUCUGCCUUUGGACGGUUUCAGACGAUUUUAACACUGGAGCUGCCGUUGAUGACAACGAGCCUCAGGAUGCGAUUCAUAGGUUUGGUUCCAGCCAUGGCCUACUCCAGGGCCAGCUUCGGGACCUUGUCGCCUGCAUCGCAGAGAAGUAUGAUGCCAGUUUCCGGCGAACGUCGCUGUUCAACAGGCUUUUCUUGUCGCAAAUGGGUGAUCAGCGCUCACAGAUGAUCAAGCGUGUUCGUCGUGAGGCAGCGGCAGAGAUCUUUGGUCCAGAAAUAACGCGUUGGCUGAAAGACCCUUCUCUACGAAAGGAGCAUCUGCGUAAGCUUCUCGGCUGGACGCGUGGAGACGAUAGCUCAGUAGGGAGGUACUCACCACUUGAUGCCCCCCUUAUCCAUGAAUGCUCUAUUGCGCCUUACGGUUUUGACCUUCAAACCGCAUUUCUAGGAGAAAUCCCCAUGAAGGUUUAUGCUGCCAUCACCCGAGGAACGACGGCUGUCCAAUAUAUUGAAAAAGGCCAUGCGACAGGUGCAAAGGGCUCUUACCUCUCAAAGAUCCUCAGUCUGCAGAAUGUCUAUCCGGGUUCUAUUGCGGGAGCCUGUACUUUAGCAUGUUUCGCCCUCUCAGAGGACACAAACUUCGUCCGCAAUGAUGGUCCGACUGGGAUAGACUGGCUGGAAUGGCAGAAUCAAUAUCUCCGGGUACUCAUUGAUGGACUCGAGAAAGAACGCGAACCCAUUCUUCGUGUGUUCAAGACAUGGGAUAUGGUUUUCUACCCCGGAACAGCUGACCGGGGCCUUGGAGCGCGACUUCUUGAGCAGAACAAGGACCACGGGGUGAUGCUUGGUGAUGGUAUGGAGCGCGCGCUUGCGCAGGUGGGAGAUGCGGGCCGUGUUGGUGACGACAAUAAUGGUCGCCAGCUGGCGACUGACAGCAAUGAUGGGGAUACUAAGCUUCGCCGUGCGGUCAUUCAAAGCAGCCGGCGAGGUCAAUUAUCAGGUGCAGAGGACGACGGCAGUGGGGAUGGCAAGGGUUCAGAUGACGAAGAGCAGGAUCAAGAUGAGGACCGAAACGCUCCACACAGAAACCAGCGUGGCAAGAAACGUGGCGAAGGUGCCGUUCGCGAUGACGAUUCCGAAUCAGAGUCGCGCGAGCAGCCACCAUCGAAGGCCACCAGGUCUCACAAAGAUCAUUGAGAUGAUCACAUUAAUUAGUGCAGAAUGUUAGAUGCCAACGAUAACGGUAUUACUUACGUAGCUACUUGGACAGAAAUAGUGGCCUAUCAAUGAAUACUUCAGUGAGCUUCUCUAGAGUUUUGAUUUACUUUCGCGAAAGGUAGCGGAGGAUGUAAGUAUUUGAAUCUCCGCAAUAUAACGUGCAUCGUUAACGCGAACGCGGCUGUCACUCUUUCUUGCUUCCGGAGGUGGCCGUUAGUGUCCCGUUCCG